AUGAAAAGGUUGUCUUAUUCAAAAGUCAACAAACAAACCGAGGACACAACAGAGGUUCCUGCUGAUUCUAGUAGUACGGGUGAUGGAUUAAAUAUCGAGCAGCCAAAAGAUAAGGAUGAAGUACAUAAGGAGAAGGCUAAGGAUGCUAAGAAGGACAAAGGGAAAGAAAAGGAUAGUGACAGGAAAGUGGAUCAUGAGAAGGAGAAAGGCAAGAGCCUUGACGUGGCAAACUUUGAAAGAUUGUUACAGCGACUUCCUGGUUGUGUAAGCCGUGAUCUUAUUGACCAGUUAACGGACAUCUCUGGAGUUGCUAGCAUACUAUUCGCGUAUGGUUGCAACACUAGCAACAUGCAUGAAGGACAUCCCUUCUACUCUUGUGCAGAUGUUGGAGGACGAGUUCGAUGCUCUGGUCCAUAA